GAGGGGUCGGUCUGGGAAUUCGUGGUUUGUCCGGGGGGCAAGGGGUGCGGCGAGAGGAAGGUCAGGGGCGUUGCUGUGGUGGUUGCGUGGCGACUCGAGGGAAAGUAGGCAGGCCUCUCUCGGCUUAGCGGUGAUGUGGGGGACGAGAGUUCCUGGGCCGCUGCUGUUGGCCGUAGGCUGUGACUGGGACCCAGCUUCGCGCGUUUAUGUCCCCCGAUCUGUAAAACAGCAUCUGAGUUGAUCUAUUUCACUGAGCUGUAUCUUUGACUGGAACUCCAGAAUCUGUCUUCAAGCUGCGUUUGUAAAUUGACUUGCUGUUCUGUAUGGCUAGAGAUGUAUAGUCUGAUGGCCAAUUGCUGCAACUGGCUAAAGCAGUGGCGCGAACCUGUCAGGAAAGUGACAUUAAUCAUGGUGGGUCUUGAUAAUGCUGGAAAAACUGCAACAGUGAAAGGAAUCCAAGGAGAGUCCCCUGAGGAUGUGGCUCCAACAGUUGGUUUUUCUAAAAUUGAUCUUAAGCAAGGCCGGUUUGAAGUCACAAUCUUUGACUUGGGAGGGGGAAAGAGAAUCCGGGGUAUCUGGAAGAAUUACUACGCUGAAUCCUAUGGAGUGAUAUUUGUUGUGGAUUCCAGCGAUGUGGAGAGAAUGGAAGAAACAAAAGAGACAAUGUCAGAAGUCCUAAGGCAUCCCAAGAUAGCAGGGAAACCUGUGUUAGUGUUAGCAAAUAAGCAAGACAAAGAAGGAGCUUUGGCAGAAGCAGAUGUAAUUGAGUGUUUAUCUCUUGAAAAGCUUGUCAACGAGCACAAAUGCCUCUGUCAGAUUGAGCCUUGUUCAGCUGUCAUGGGCUAUGGAAAAAAAAUUGACAAAUCUAUAAAGAAGGGUUUACUUUGGCUGUUGCAUAUUAUAGCCAAAGAUUUUGAUGCUUUACAUGAACGAAUCCAGAAGGACACUGCAGAACAAAAAGCAGCUGAAGAGCAAGAGAAACAAGAACGGGCAGAACGAGUGAGGAAGAUACGGGCAGAAAGGGAACAGAAAGAGAAAGAAGAAGCUGGCCAUGAAGGAAGGAGGGUUUUGGAUGAAGCGGACUCUGAUCUCGUAACUGGCAACCCAUUCCAGCCUAUUUCAACUGUAAUCAUGGAGAAUGAAAAGAAAAUUGAAAAAGAAAAGAAGAGGCAGUGGGAAGAGAGUGAGAAGCAUGCCAUUGCCUUGAAAACGAAUACAGAUCAGGAGCGAAUGGAUGCUCAAAGCCUGAACAGCCAGCAAUCAAACGACUGUAAAUUGGUAGAAAGCUAUAAAUCUGCACUAACACAACAGCUGGAGCAUGAAGAUGAGAAUGGUCAACAAAUCUCAGAAAGUCUUGACUCUGGAGAUAACGCCACGCUGAAUUUGGGAACAGAAAACACUAAAAAGAAAGCAAAGAAACUCAAAUUAAAAAGGAGUCACCGAGUAGAGCCAGCCAGUACUGAAGACACUGUUACCCCACAUCCUACACCAGUAGCACCUCUUGCACCAGUUGGAUGGGAAACUCCUAAAGUUAACAGAAUUCGAAAACUUACACCUCUUGGUGAAACUCAUCAUAAUGAUUUCUACGGAAAGCCACUGCCUCCACUAACUAUACGGCAAAGACCAAACAGCGAUAGCCAUGAUGUCAUUUCUUAACUAGCAGUUGUGUGGCAGCUUUCAAACAGCACAGUACCAUGUAAAGGGAAGAUUUAUAUUAGGCACUGUUUUUUUUCUUACUUGAAGAGACACUUGUUGGGCAAGGACACUAAGAUUGCCUUGGGAUCUCAGCAUGGAAGAUGGCUCUCAUGAACUUGUCCUAUAUCCUUUUUGACUCACCAGCUGUUCUUUAGGGUUAACAUGGAAUGAGAAAACUUAAGUAGAACUCUUGGGAAAUGAGAGCAAGGCUUCUCACUUGAUUUCUUUGUUGAAAAUGAGAAUUAUAACCCUGAAGAACACUUUCAAGACCAAAUGCAACUUGACUGUGCACACCUAAGGACUGUUUUUUCAGUUUAGUUUAGCUUAAUAUUUCUGUAUUCAAUAUUCCAAGGGUUGGGGUUUUUUUGUAAAAUAAAUGCAUGUUCAGAUGAAAAUACAGACUGUACAUUUUAACUAUUUUUAUAUUUUUCUAGCAUUGUUUGUUUUUAACAGAGCUAUUUGGUUAACAGAAGUAUUUUGAAAUAUUAAAGCUAAUAGCUAUAUUCCUAAUCAGGACAUACGUAUGUCACCUUUUUGCAACAGCAAUACAUUUUGCAUGUGACUUGCCUUACAAUUGCCUAGCUGUUGAAAUGUUGAUAGUUUAUUGUCCUGAUCCACCAGGGAGAUGGCACCCACAAAUGGGUUUUGACUUUUGUUUCCCCAAGCAAGAGAACAUUCUAGAAGCAGGCUUUUGUGCAAUGAACAUGGAUAGAGUCUUUAGAAUUGCACUAUACUAAUUAUGUUUUGGUGAGGCACGGUGCAGGGACGAGGCUCAAUUCAUUCCUUCCCUGUCCAAUAGAUUACUGGACUCCACUGUUCCAUAUGCACAGAUACUAUUCCUGGAAUGAAUUUGAGCUUGUGGAGACAAGAACUCAUCAUUUACACAUUUAUUUCUUCUAAUUAUACUGGGGUAUGUGUUUUGAUCGCUCAAAUGGUAUUGUACUGCAAAUUAUGGUGGUUUUCUUCAUGGAAUCCUUUGUUUGACUGCAUAGUAGUAUUAAAUGAGCUACAUAUUCCAAGACCAAAAACUGCAAGAAACUAAAAUCUGAAUGUAACUUCUAUAUAGUUUAUGGGAAUAUCUCUUGAUUUAAUGAAGACACAUUUUCUGUAACACUAAAAUUUGACUUUCUAUGCUUCUUGCUCAGGAUUUAUGUACAUAAGAAAGAAUCUACAAAGAAUUUCCAUAUGAGAAGAGGUUUCCUCAUACACUUAAAAAGAGCAUCCCUGGACAUCUUUGUCCACUGUGCCUACAAAGCAGCCCUAGUAUUAAAAAGCAUGAGGAACCUUUGUUCAUAUUGGAGCUCACAAUGUGCAUUAUUGCAUUCUGGAGUUUGACAAAUUGUCAUGCUUUAACACUGUGUUGUUAUUCUGUCCUGUAUGUUUAUAUGUGUGGAUUUCAUUUAAAAUCCUUUUACACCAUGAAUAAAUUCCAACCCAUUUAAAAUCUCAUGCUUGACUAUUAAUUCCUCUGAUUAUGCCUAAUUGUGUGGUUGUAUUAAGGAUACAUUACCUGAAAUAUAUCGAAUUAUGUUGUGUAAAAAUCAGUCUCCAAUUAAAAGCCUGCCUAUUUUCCUUUUUA